AAAGUGACGCGUAAAGUUGUGACGCACACUAAUGACGUAUGCCUGUUAUUGUAGAAGAUUGAGGGAAAAUGGCGAAAUAAAGCAACUUUUUCCACAACUCUUCGAGAGAAUUGGACAUUAAGGCAGGUGGGGGUACCUGCUGCGAGAGGAUGACGGAGAAAUCACUGUGAAAGUAUGACUCAUGUCCCCUCACUGAUGGACUGGAGCUCAUACUGUGUUUUCAGUGUAUGCUUUGUGCCUGAGAGGACCAUGGGCAACACCAGCAGUGAGAGGAGCGGCGGCAGCGGUGGCGGGGCCCACGGCGACAAGGGCCACCGCAGGGACAGCCGGGGCCACAAGGAGGGCGACCGGCCCAAGAUCCUCAUGGACAGCACCGACGACCCCUACCUCUUCCACGGGGUCGACAUGAAGCCUCCAACGGAGAAAGAGGAGUAUCUGGCUUGGCAGCAAGACAUGGAGGCGAACGGCAAGGGUCCCGGUCAAGCCCGGCCCACGGUGUUCCGUUGGGCGGGUGGCGCUAAAGAAGUUUUCCUGUCUGGAUCUUUCAACAACUGGGCGAACAAGAUCCCGCUGACCAAGAGCCAUAACAACUUUGUGGCCAUAGUGGACCUUCCUGAAGGGGAACACCAGUACAAGUUCUAUGUGGAUGGACAGUGGACCCAUGACCCAAAAGAGCCUGUUGUGACCAAUCAUUUGGGCACAGUCAAUAACGUCAUCCAGGUGAAGAAGACAGACUUUGAAGUCUUUGAUGCACUCAUGGUGGACUCCCAGAAGUGCUCUGACAUUUCAGAGCUCUCGAGUUCCCCUCCGGGGCCGUACCAGCAGGAGGCGUACACCUCCAAGCCAGAGGAGAAGUUCAAGUCUCCGCCCAUCCUGCCCCCUCACCUCCUGCAAGUCAUCCUUAACAAGGACACGGGGAUCUCGUGUGACCCUGCCCUGCUUCCAGAGCCGAACCACGUGAUGCUCAACCACCUGUAUGCGCUUUCCAUCAAGGACGGCGUGAUGGUCCUGAGCGCCACCCACCGCUACAAGAAGAAAUAUGUCACUACUCUGCUCUACAAGCCUAUAUGACCUGUGACCUCCAGGAACUCAUGUGAUCGGGGUGCUAAUCGAAGCACCUUGCCUAAAAUGAUUCAUAAAUUUUUUUUUUUUUAAAUACGUGGUCAUAUUUUAUUUGUUAUCUGAAUCAGUAAUGGAUUUUCUAUCAUUCCUCCACUAGCACUGAAGUGAAAGGUCUCUCCACCGCACUGUCCGGAGAGGGCAGGGCAGCACAGCCCGCCUUCCCCAAGAGCGUGUGCCCAGCACAGGCUGUGUUACCAGGGACCCCUAGAAGGCACCCUCACAUGUUCUAGAAUCCGUUUAUUAAAGAGCUGCAUGCUGCCAUGUCCUGACCACACCCCUCUCCCCCCAAACCCCUUUCCAGCAACUUAUUUAGAAAUGGAAAAACAGUGCCUGGCCAUGUUACCGUUGCAGAGUGUGCAUUCUAAUACCGUUCAUGCUUUCGGUUUUUUCUGUAUCAUGAGCCAAGUGCCAAAUCGUCCCUGAAAAAGGAGUGAUAUGACAUUUCUGUGAAAGCGCCACCCCAGGCCACACCUGCUUGAGGACCUGGGUCGAUUCAUAUGCAGGUGAGGGGAGGGUCCAGCUGGAGGACACAGGGAGGCAGCGUCUCAUCCCAGAGAAGACAGUGAUUUUGUAUUAGUUUUUUCAAACAUAUAUCUUCUCUGAACUAUGCAUUGUUUUCACUGGUUAUUGGAGAAUGACGACAUAAUUUACAGAGCACCAUCAGUAGUGUUGGGUCAUUGGCUUACGGCACAUGCCAUUCAGAUUUGGUUAGGCACUAAAACUUUUUAUCAAAUUUAUUUUGUACUAAGAAUGUAAUGCUGCGAUGACUGGUAGAAUGUACUGAUCACCCACCCACAACAUUUUUAUUGUGAUCCUGUGACUAAUGUUAAAUAAAUUUUCAGCAGGAUUCCAAAUGACCGUUUCCUGCACUCUGUAA